AGGUCACCCAUCAACCUCCAUUCUGCUUCGUCGUAAACCAGCUGAGACUAGUACUGGAGCGAGAGAUCGAGAGGAUAUGCACAUAUCGAGAAAUCAUUGUGGUACGAGCAGUUUCAGAUAUUGUCAGCGGGCUUCGAGGACUACAUGCAUCCAGUAAACAGCAUUCGGAAGAAUAUAUCAGUAUUACAAGGUCUAAUAAUUCCGAUUUACCACAAAUCGAUUGGUAAUUUCCAUAGAUGGAACGCAAGUAUUAUAUUUUUGUGAGAUUGUCCUUAUGCGUGCUUCCACGUAGCUUUGAAACAGCUGAUGCCUCUCGAGACGACGAUAUAGGCUUUCGCACGUAAUAUACGUCGUUUGUGAAGUUCUGAUGAUCAAGCCGACGCAAAUUGAAUAAUCACCAAACCAGUAACCUUUGAUGAAAAUAACCAUGACUGAGCAAUCGGACCGCCCUAAAGUCACCAUGGAUGUUGAAUGUCAGUCACGCCUUGGAUCGCAUCGACACCGCAUCUGUUGCCAUGACAGCAAGAGAAUCGUUCCCUGGAUGCUCUUCUCCUCCUUCGUGACGCUUACCGUCGUUCUUCUGGUUCUGUUUUUGGUUUUCAAAGAUGACCGUCAUAUAUAUGCGAAGGAACCAUCCAUGGUUGAAGACACCUCGCCCAGUACUGAAACCAACGUCUCCUCGUCUAUAUGUGGCCGUCGUGGUGAGGUUCCACACCCUGGCAUCGACACUCGGGUUUCGGGAGGGCGCCCUACUACCAUUGAGGCGUGGCCGUGGAUGGUUUCUUUGAGGGACGAGAGUGGUGACCACAUCUGCGGUGCCACUCUGAUCAGUGACCAAUGGCUACUCACCGCUGGACACUGCGUUUCCACCAUCACCAGCCGCCCUCUGGGCUACGUCACAAUGGGAGACACGUCUAUCGCCGAAUCUUCAGAAUAUCACGUGACCAGGGAAAGCUUGGAGACCUUCAUCCAUCCCGAUUUCGACUCGUCCACCUUCGCCGAUGAUAUCGCCCUCAUUCGAUUCGACCCACCGGUAUUUCAAAGCAAGGGCGUGUCACCGGUUUGUUUGAAUGAAGGCAGGAACGAGCUCGAGGAUUACUCCAAGUGCUACGUCACUGGAUGGGGAGCCACGUCCGUUUCGCUUAUGGCAUCGACAGGUUUGCAGGAAGGUCGAACGCCCCUGGUACCUCGUCAGAAUUGCUCUGAGGACUACGGUACCCGACAUCACGUGACGUCAGACAUGAUCUGUGCAAUCUCUCCUGACUGGCAGGUCGACACCUGCAAGGGUGACAGUGGUGGUCCCUUGGUGUGUCAAGACAGUAUCAGCGAUGUCUGGUCUAUGAUUGGAGUGACAAGCUUUGGUUACGGCUGCUGGAAUCCAGGCGAUCCUGCCCCAGGGGUCUACUCUCGUGUCUCCAGCUACUUCGACGACUUCAUCAUGAAAACCGUCGACGAUGAAUCCCGCAGAUGACGACGUUAUCGACAUGCCAUCGCGUUGUCCGCGAAAACGGGUUGAAUGGGGUUUACGAAGAAAGCCAGGAAUUUUGGAUGUUUUAAUCCAUUCGCUUAACGUGCAUACCAAAGAUAUUGGGAUAUAGCAUCUCAAGCUUACCAAAAAGAAGGCUAAUUUGAUUUUUUUUUUCUCUUAUUUUGUUGGUAAAAAAAACAGUAUUUUUCUUCAAACGAAGAUGCAAAAAAUGAUAGUAUUGAAAUUAACUAUUGCAUUAAUUGAAGUUAAACUUCACUAUUUUCUUCCGCACUUCGAUUUUCAUUUAUAUGACCAGCAGCCUUCUUGUCCAUACCUUUUUUUUACGAGAUGAUAUGAAAUGAUGAUAAUAUGAAUUGAGGUAUGAUUUAGUAAGAUGAAUUUACAAAGUACUUUUUUAAGAUAGAUACAAUUUUAGAUACGAUUAAUUACCGUAUCAUGAUGUUGAUACUACAAACAAUUGUAUGAUUAAUUGCAUGAUAGUGUGGCCAAGCAUCAUUUUUCAAAAGCAGAAAGUAUUGCAAAGGAUUGGAUUAGAUUAAAUUUGAAGAAAUCAUAGAAACUUAUUCGUUUUCCUUAAAAGUGUGCUGUGUCAAUUCUUUUGCUCAAUUGAUAAUCGGAAUUUUUCUGAUGGUUUGAGCGUUCAAUGAUUGUUGCGUCGAAAUAGAGACUGAUUUUUCUCUUCCUCUGAGAUUUGAGUAUUAGAAAUGUCCGUGUCAGUAAUGAUAAUUCUUGAAACUGGUCAUCGUAGUAAGCUGUGGAAGUGUUUUAAUUUGGUACUUUAAUCACAUUCCUGAGUAAGACCUUCGUUUUAAUUAAUAACAGUGCAAGAUUAAAAUUUUGUUUUUGUAUGAGAGAAGUACUAGCUUAUAAAAUGAAACUGCGAUUGAAUGAAUUGCUUGCACAAAGAACAGCAAGUUUAACAGAAAUCGGUUUUCGUUUUUUCCUUCUUCUUUUUGUAUGUAGCACGAGGUAUUAUGUUUUAAUUUACUAUCUAAACUAAACAUUGCCAGUUCUUGCCAGCUCUAUUUGUUACGUGCCAACCCUUGCAUUAUUUUGAUUCAUAUAUUUUAAAAGGUUUCGUGUACCAAAAUGGGGAAGCCAAUGUGUAUUUCGCUAUGCAGUAUAGUAUCCAGUUCAUUUUUAUAUGUGAAAGGGCGAUUUUGUUUUAGUAUUAAAGUUGAUACACUCAUCACCAAUACUCAAUAUUAUGUGUUAUUUUAAAGGAAUGGAAUUUGCAUGUUAUAAUUGUGUGCUAAACGGCUUAGAGGAGAACCUUUUUAUCAAUGGAGAACGCGCAUCUCUUUUAAAUCGAGGAAAAUCAUGAGAUAGAUUUAUUGCGUUGGUCGUGGCAAAAAGCUGUUUGGAUUUGAACCUAUGCUGAUGAUAAUUCACAAUAAAGAGCCACAUGUGUAUAGAUAUCUCAUAAAUGAUGGACAGUAUUAUUGAUGACGACUUUGACAGAGCUGUACCUACUGUAGGGUAGCUACAGGGGACGUGUGGGCACGUGCCCUCAAACGAAAAACAGGGGGGAAAAGUUGGGAAAAUAUGCGAGACCGAAAAAAAA